AUGCAAAUCAUCAAGACCCUUAUCCUUAUCUCGCUCUUCUAUAAUUCGUGCGUGCAGGCAUCCCCUGCUCCGAGAAAGAGAAAAACUCCUGGUCCUAACGCUCCUCUUACUCCUGGGUCCGCUGCUCCUCCACUUCAACUCCCCGUUCCUCCUCUUGAACCACCUGCGCCUCCUAAUCAGCCGUCUUCUUCUACUUCGGGCGCUUCUCCUCCUGUUCGCGUUCCUCCCCUCGAGCAUGGAGAGUUUGUUAAAGCACGAGUAAAGGCCGUUGACAAGACAGCCUCUAACAAGGAGAAAAGCUAUACGCACCCUGGUGUAGUCGUCGGGGGGCCUGACUCGGCUGAUACAUACAAAGUCGCCAUGAUGUCCAAAAAUCUCCCCGGUAAUCCCAAACAGGAGCCCAUCAGCAAAUACCAGCCUGGCACCAGCAUGUAUGGCUCGGUUUCACUUGAAAAGCCAGCAGAACUACCAGGACACGUGCUUGAAAGAUGGAAGGAGAACCCCGACAACUCGAAGGGUGCGUCAAAGGGCGAUGCGUCAAAAGGCGCAGGGUCAAGCAAAGGGAAAGGCGAAGGGUCAAGCAAAGGGCCAAAGGGCAAACAGCCUGAACUUAAGCUACAGCCAAAGCUGACAGCAGAGCAAGUCAAACAACUGCAGACAGAUAUCGGUGUGGAUGCUUGUCUUGUCGGCCAAAGUUUGUCGCGGCGUGGUUGUGUUCCGGGCAAAGCCACUGCUAAGAAAGGGGGGAUGAAAGUGUCUGCGACGAGAGGAGGGUCGAAGGGGCCCGCUCAGCUACAAAAAGCAACCCCGAAGGGCGGAGGAGUGAAGCCGAAGGGUCAGACUGCGAAGAAAGGGGGGGCGAAGCCGGCUGUGAAGAAAACAGGUCCUCAGAAGACAGUCGGAGCGAAGAAAUCCGCUCGGAAGCCUAUUGCGAAACCAAAGGUUCAGGCUGUGAAGACAGGGGGGGCGAAGCCAGCUGUGAAGAAAUCGGGUCCUAGAAACGCAGCAACCAGAAAGCCUGUUCAAAAUUCUGCUGCGAAAUCGAAGGUUCAGGCUGUUAAGAAAGGCGGGGCUAAGCCGGUGGCUCAGAGACCAGGUCUUCAGAACGCAGGAGCGAAGAAGUCCCCUCAAAAGUCAACUACGAUACCGAAGGGUCAGUCUGUGAAGAAAGGUGCUCAGAAACCAGCGCCUAAGAACGCGGCAGCCAAGAAACCCAUUCCGAAGUUAACGGCAAGGCCCCAGGCUCAAAAACCAGUACCCAAGAACGCGGCAGUCAAGAAACCCGCUCAGAAGUCAACGACGAAGGCUCAGGCUCAGAAACCAACGGCCAAGAACACAGCGGUCAAGAAACCCUCGCAGAAGCCACCAGCCAAACCCCAGGCGCAGAAACCAGCUCCCAAGAACGCAGCAGCGAAGAAACCCGUUCAAAAGUCUCAGCCUAAACCCCCCGUUGCGAAGCCUAAUGGAGGAGCGAAGCCGCCAGCGCAGAAACAAGCCCCAAAACCUGCACCUGUGAAGCCUGCGGCGAAAGCUGCUCCGCGCAAACACUAA